CUCAAUGCCUUCCUAAAUCUUAUUGAAAACCCCCCGACGUUUUUGUAAUUCUAAUUUCCACCCCAAAACUUACACAAACUCUUACAUUUACAUCCUUCUGAGAAUUCCCAACAUCAAAAACCACCAUGUGUGGCGGUGCAAUCAUUUCCGACUUCAUACCUCCGACCAUUUCCGGUCGAGCUUCACUCCGCAAAUUAACAUCCGAUUUCCUGUGGCCUGAUCUAAAAAAACCGGUUGCUAAGCAGUGCUCAAAACCGGUUGUUGUUGAUCUUGACGAUGACUUCGAGGCUGAUUUUCAAGAAUUUAAAGACGAAUCUGACGUCGAUGAUGAAGCUGAUGAUGUCUUGUUUGAUGUCAAGCCUUUUGCUUUCUCCGCCGCGAAAGCUUCUCCUCCUCGGAAUCGCGCUGCCUCCGCCGGCCCUACAGCUGUGAAAUCUGUGGAAUUUAGUGGCCAAGCUGAAAAAUCUGCAAAGAGAAAGAGAAAGAAUCAGUACAGAGGAAUAAGGCAGCGCCCGUGGGGAAAAUGGGCUGCUGAGAUCCGUGAUCCCAGAAAAGGGGUGCGUGUCUGGCUAGGAACAUUCAAUACUGCAGAAGAAGCUGCAAGAGCAUACGAUGCUGAGGCACGUAGAAUUCGUGGCAAGAAAGCUAAAGUAAACUUUCCCGAUGAAGGAGGCCCACGUUCUUCUCCAAAGCCUUCAGCGAAGGCAAAUCUUCAAAAACCUCUUCCCAAGGUGAAGCCGACUGAGAGUUUCAGUUACUUGAACAACCUGGAAAAUGACUGCUUCAAUAUGGACUUUGUUGACGAGAAGCCACCAGUGAGCCAGUUUGGUCUUAUGAGCUCUUUUCCUACUGGAACGAAAUCCAAUGUCCCCAUGUAUUUCAAUUCCGAUCAAGGGAGCAACUCAUUUGACUGUUCCGACUUUGGAUGGGGAGAGCAGGCUUCGAAGACUCCGGAAAUCUCAUCUGUAGUUGCAGAUACCCCAGAAGUCGAUGAAUCACUAUUUAUGGAGGAUGCUAACCCGAAAAAGAAAAUGAAGUAUAAUUCUGGGAGUCAGAUGCCUGAACAACAAAACAACGGAAAAUCUCUAACCGAUGAGCUGUUGGCUUUUGACAAUCAGAUGAACUUCCAGAUGCCAUAUCUUGAAGGAAAUUGGGAGUCAUCUCUCGAUAGCCUUCUUAAUGGAGAUGCAACUCAGGACAGCGGAAACCCGAUGGACCUAUGGAGCUUCGACGACUUCCCUUCUCUAGUAGGAGGAGUGUACUGAGAAAACUCAUAAUCGCGGGUUAGCAUUUGUAAAUAAAGCUACAUGUUAGGAUCUGAAAUGUAGUAGAAGCACAUCUGAACAUGGCUUAAUCUGGUGUGGAGAAGUGUUGUUCUGGAAGAGCUUAUGGUACAAGACUAGUAUAUAGGUAUUUAGAUUUCCUUCUAAAUUUUCAGACAUUGGACUGUAAUUGAAAUUGGUGUGUGAUUGGUCUUGAAACCUGAAACCAUAUAAAAAUAUUAACCCUGCUGUUCUUCUUCA